GAUGGAGGAUGCAAGAAGGCAGGAGAUGAGGAGCAGCAAGCCGAAAAAAACGAAACCAAGGAGAAAAGAUGGACCCAAAAACCACAGCUGUCAGCACUGUGACAAAUCCUUCACAACUGUUGAAUAUUUAAAUGUGCACCAAUGUGGGAAAAGGUUCUCUUGUCACCAAGCCAUGGUGAUCCACAAACUGCUUCAUACAGGAGAGAAACCGCAAAUCUGCGACACAUGUAACAAAGCCUUCCGCACUCACAGUGAGCUUUCAAAGCAUAAAGUAUUUCACCAAGAAGAGAGACCGCACAUCUGCAACAAGUGUGGGAAAACUUUUAAAAGUUCAGAUUACCUCAAACGUCAUCGGGUUAUUCACACUAAAGAGAAAGUAUUCUGGUGUGUACAAUGUGGGAAAACUUUCAAUCAGAAUUCUCAGCUUAAAACCCACAAGCGAGUUCACACCGGAGAGAAACCGUACAGCUGUGAGGAAUGUGGAGCAGUCUUUUCACAGAGCUCUGGCUUGAGAAGUCACGAGAGCAUUCACACUGGAAAGAAACCAUACAGCUGUGACCAGUGCAGCUCGAGAUGCAUUUCCUCUUAUCAUGUUAUGUUUGUACUUCCCUAUAAUCACUGUGAGGUAGACUCAAACCUCAUCGCUCACUGACUGUAUUUGUUAUAGAAUAAUCUUCAUUUCCGA